GGCACCGGUGGCGGCGGUGAGCGGGAUGGGGGGGGGGUGGAACGACACGUGGGGGUGUGGGGGACGGGAGAGGAGGAGGGAAUGAGCCGCCAUGUCUGAGAGCAGCGAGGGGAGCAGCCCGCUGGCCUUUGGCCAGGUGGUGAUCGGCCCUCCGGGCUCCGGCAAGACGACGUACUGCCACGGCAUGCAGGAGUUCCUGGGCAGGGUUGGGCGCGCGGUGGCUGUGGUGAACCUGGACCCGGCCAACGAGGGGAUGCCGUAUUCCUGCGCCGUGGACAUCUCCGAGCUCAUCACCCUGACUGACGUGAUGGAGAACUUGAAGCUGGGACCCAACGGGGGGCUCAUCUACUGCAUGGAGUACCUGGAGGCCAAUUUCGACUGGCUGCAGGAGAAGCUGGCUGCCUUCAGAGGUCACUACUACCUGUUUGACUGCCCGGGGCAGGUGGAGCUCUACACCCACCACGACGCCCUGAAGAACGUCUUUGCACAGUUGGCCAAGUGGAAUUUCAGGCUGGCUGCAGUACAUCUGGUGGAUUCUCACUACUGCACAGACCCCGGCAAGUUCAUCUCCGUGCUCUGCACUUCGCUCUCCACCAUGCUGCACGUGGAACUGCCCCACGUGAACGUCCUCUCCAAGAUGGACCUGAUUGAGCAGUAUGGCAAGCUGGCUUUCAACCUGGAUUAUUACACGGAGGUCUUGGACCUCUCCUACCUGGUUGACCAUUUAGCUUCUGACCCCUUCUUCAGGAACUACCGCCGCCUCAAUGCGAAGCUGGUGGAGGUGAUUGAGGACUACAGCCUGGUGUCCUUCGUUCCGCUCAACGUCCAGGAUAAGGACAGCAUGCGGCAGGUGAUGCAGGCAGUGGACAAAGCCAACGGCUGUUCCUUUGGGGACCAGGAGCACAGGAGCCUGGAAGCUCUGAUGUCAGCAGCAGUGGGAGCAGAUUUCCACUUUGCUUCCACGCUUGCAGUGCAGGAGAAGUAUGUGCAAUCUCAGGACAAGACGGUGGAGGAAGAAGUGAUGGAUAUGUAACACACCCAACUCCGCCGCAGCCGCAUUCUGCUUUGACAGCUCUCCUUUUGCUGCUGCUUAAGGGACUCUCUGUUGUGUGACUCAGAGCGAGUGAAAGUCUCUCCAGGCAGAGGUCUGCCUGCUGCACUCCCUCACUGUGCGGGUUUGCCCUCAGCCCCACUGAGCAGCAGUGGAAUGGAGGUGCUCUGGCUGAGGGCAAAGCAAGUUGGGCCUUUUUGGAGCGAGAGGGAGAGACCCGGGUGGGGGUUGUGAGAGAAGAGAAGCAAAGGGAGCUGAGCUUUGCCACGUCUCCUCUUCCCCAUCCUGCCCAAGAUGGAUCUGGGGUAAGAAGAAUCAGCUUGUCUGUUCUCUGGUGAGACUUGAGACGUGAGUGCUUGGUUUGCUUCCUAGGAGCAGUGUACGUGGCUCUCAUCCUUGGGAUGAUCCAGGCUCGAAGCCUCCGGUCUGUCUCAAGGAGGACACAGAGAUGGUUGUUUUUUUAAAUAAUGAUGGACUCUUUCUUAAUAAAACACUUCGUCUCGCUUUCA